GCCCUCACCUGUCAUCACCGGCAGGCGUUCAGGAUCAAGACGCAGAAGCCCCAUCCCCAAGGUCUACAGGGUCAUCAGCCUCUUUCUUACGGGGCUGCCUUCAAACCUUCAGCUCCUCCCUCCAUCUAUGAAGUGAGAAGUUGAACAGAAAGAGAUUAGGUUGUCGCGCAUGCUUGUUGGGCGCAUGCGCAAUUUCCUCCGUCUCUCUUUGGCGCUGCGGGGCGGUGAGUCCAAGAGAAAUUUCCCGGCGGCGCGGAAGAUGCGCGCCACUUCCGGCCGGGCUCCUAACAACGGGGGAGGCUGGUAACCAGGGAGGGGGGGAUGGCGGAGCGGGCGCCCGAGGCGGAGGCGGAGGCUGAGGCGGGCGCAGGCGGGGAGGCAGCGGCCGAGGAGGGCGCGGCGGGCCGCAAGGCGCGGGGCCGGCCGCGACUCACGGAGUCGGACCGGGCCCGGCGGCGACUCGAGUCCCGGAAGAAGUACGACGUGAGGCGCGUGUACCUGGGCGAGGCGCACGGGCCCUGGGUGGACCUGCGGCGCCGCAGCGGCUGGAGCGACGCCAAGCUCGCCGCCUACCUCAUCUCGCUGGAGCGCGGCCAGCGGAGCGGUCGGCACGGGAAGCCUUGGGAGCAGGUCCCCAAAAAGCCAAAGAGGAAGAAAAGGCGUCGGCGCAACGUGAACUGCCUGAAGAAUGUGGUGAUCUGGUACGAGGACCACAAGCACCGCUGUCCGUAUGAGCCGCACCUGGCCGAGCUGGACCCCACCUUCGGCCUCUACACCACAGCCGUGUGGCAGUGUGAAGCCGGCCACCGCUACUUUCAAGACCUGCACUCACCCCUGAAGCCACUCAGCGACUCAGACCCCGACAGUGACAAAGUGGACAAUGGCCUGGGGGCCGGCAGCUCCAACUCGUCCAGCUCCUGCUCUGGCUCUGACUCUGAGGAGCCCCCUGGAGGCCAGCCAGCCAAGGCGACAGUAGCAGCCGCUGCUGUUACCCCCACCAGCCCAGCGGGCAGCAGUGGGCUCAUCACGCAAGAGGGUGUGCACAUCCCUUUCGACGUCCACCACGUGGAGAGCCUGGCUGAGCAGGGCACCGCACUGUGCCCCAACCCAGCAGGCAGCGGGCCGGAAGCCCUGGAGACCGUGGUGUGUGUGCCAGUGCCCAUGCAAGUGGGCCCGGGCCCUGGCACCCUUUUUGAGAACAUGCCCCAGGAGGCACUGGGCGAGGUGGUAGCCAGCUGUCCCAUGCCAGGCAUGGUGCCUGGCUCUCAGGUGAUCAUCAUCGCAGGCCCAGGCUAUGAUGCCCUCACGGCUGAGGGCAUCCACCUCAACGUGGCAGCAGGCAGCAGUGCGCCCAGCGGGGCCCUGGGUGACGAGGUGCCCUGCACCAUGAUGGAGGGUGUGGCAGCCUACACCCAGACGGAGCCUGAGGGCAGCCAACCCAGCACUAUGGACCCCACCACCAUGGCAGGCAUGGAGACUAAGAAAGAGAAGGAGGACCUGUACAUGCUUAAGGAGGAGAAGGAGGAGCCAGUGGCUCCAGAGCUGGCAGAGCUGGCAGCGACAGUGCCUGAGAGUGCAGAGCCUGAGGCAGAGGCAGACGGGGAGGAGCUGGACGGCAGUGACAUGUCAGCCAUCAUCUAUGAGAUCCCCAAGGAGCCUGAGAAGAGGCGGAGGAGCAAGCGGUCACGGGUGAUGGAUGCCGACGGCCUGCUCGAGAUGUUCCACUGUCCCUACGAGGGCUGCAGCCAGGUGUAUGUGGCUCUCAGUAGUUUCCAGAACCAUGUCAACCUUGUGCAUCGAAAAGGGAAGACCAAAGUGUGCCCUCACCCUGGCUGUGGCAAGAAGUUCUAUUUAUCCAACCACCUAAGGCGACACAUGAUCAUCCACUCAGGUGUCCGGGAAUUCACCUGUGAGACCUGUGGCAAGUCCUUCAAAAGGAAGAACCACCUGGAGGUACACCGGCGCACACACACCGGCGAGACACCCCUGCAGUGCGAGAUCUGCGGCUACCAGUGCCGGCAGCGUGCUUCGCUCAACUGGCACAUGAAGAAGCACACAGCAGAGGUGCAGUACAAUUUCACGUGUGAGCGCUGCGGGAAGCGUUUCGAGAAGUUGGACAGCAUCAAGUUCCACACUCUCAAAAGCCACCCAGACCACAAACCCACCUGACCCACCCUACCACUGACCGUCCCUAUUUAUUUGUCCACUCUGAUGCCACUCCUGGGCCUACUGGGCCCGGACUACCAUGGGGGCCACCCCGCAGGCCGGAAGGUGAUGCCCCUGCCCCACCCCAGGGCUGGUCCCACCCCCCCGCCCCCCUUCUCUGGAGCUGGCAAUUGGGGCUGCACUGCUGGAACUGUGUCAAGAGCAGAGCGAGAUUAAAGAGUGAGAAAGUAGA